AUGUGUUGUAAUUCCCAGCUGGCCCUCACGACCGUGCCACCCUCCUCUGAGAUCUUUGUGUUCACUGAUGCUCCUGCUAAAGACACCGCACUGAAGAGCACUGUCACCGCCCUCAUAGAGAGCACCAAGUCUGUGGUGACCUUCAUGUUGACUGACAACCUCCGCUCAAGUCGUCGCCGUAGGCAUUCCGUGGGCGGGGCUUCAGUUGUAUGGCCCAGUCAGGGUGGAGCCUCCAACCGGAUGGCCCAAUCAGACGCUCAGCUGUACCAUGACCUUGCCCAGGCCUCUGGAGGUCAGGCCAUUGAGGUCACCAAGGUCGACCUACACCGGGCCACCAGCGUCAUCGAGGACGCCUCCGCUGCAGCACAGGUGACUGUUCUACAGGAGGUAAGGAGCCCAGGAAAGGCAGAUAAUUUCUCAUUCACAGUAGACGAGUCUAUGAGAAACCUGAAUGCUUACAUCACAGGAGGAUCCCUCUCCUUCACUCUCACCAGCCCUUCAGGUGUGUCCCAGAGUGACAGUGAGGCCAACGGUCCCCUGGGGACCAUCCAGACCGUGGGGAACCUACGCCGCAUCUCUCUGACCUCACACAACCAUACAGGAUUAUGGGAAAUCAGUAUGAACUCCAUAGAGUUCUACUCACUGAAGGUCAUAGGUCAGAGCUCUGUUAAUUUUGGCUACCAUUUCGUGGAGGCUUUCGGGGGGGCUCAUGGAGACUUUGGUCUCAAAGAGGGCCGUCCUCUCACAGGCGGUAACAUAACCCUGCUGGUGUCUGUAACGGGGGGUGACUCUGUCACUGUGACGGAGGUGGCCCUGGUCGAGGCCUCGGGGUCAGGAUCAGAAGUCAAUGGAACCCUGCAGUCGCUAGGCGGCACCGGCAGCGGGGACUUCCUGGUUACCAUGGCCAGAGUCCCGCAGGGGGAGUUUGUGGUGCGUCUGAGGGGAGAGACCAGCAGCGCCACCACCAAAUCAUCACCUAGCCUCUUCCAGAGACAGGCCUCCACUCAGAUAAAGACUUCCAGCAUCUCUGUUAUGGCCCAGGCUGACAGUACUCUAGAACCCGGUUCUACCAUUUCCGUCCUCUUCACCGUGACGAUGGUCAACGGAACCGGAGGAACCUUUACCGUCCGAGCAACCAACGACCGUGGCUUCCCUUCCUCCUUCCCUGCCAGCGUCUCCAUUGUGACCAGGGGCGGCUUGGCCAAUGGUACAGUGACCCUCACGGCGCCCGCCAGCACCCCGUCGGGAACGGACGUCACCCUGACCAUCGAGGCAGAGUCCGCUGGAGCCGCAGACUUGAACUACUCCAUCCUGCGUCUCUCUGUUGUCAGCAAGAUUUCACCCCCUCCCCAGUGCGGGGUGGUCAGCAUCUCGUCCAACUGCCCGGCUGACUGCAGUGCCUCCUACUGGCAGCUCUCUGCCACCAUGACCGACAGUGUCAACGGGACGGGCAUUGACCGAGUAACCCUGCGCCAGGGCAACGGGACCCUGAACACUUCUACUGCGGUGGGCACCGGAGGCGAGAACGUGACCUGGGUGGCCUACAGCGCCUCCUGCUGUUCAAAGAAGGUAGAACUGGUGGUUGUGGACAAGGCAGGCAACGUGGAUAUAACCAAGAGGUUUGACAGAGGUGAGAUGGAGGAGAGGAUUGUGGAUAUCUACAUCAGUGCAGACCCCCUGAGAGACGGUGAGACCAGCACCAAGAGAGAAGAGACAGCAGACACGGCUCCUAAUAAUCGACCAGGAGACCAGCACUCAGAGAACGCCUGUUGUCCUGACGGAUGGAGGAAGUUUGGCUGCAGCUGUUACGACAUCUCUACUGAGUCGAAGACCUGGAAUGACAGCAAACAGGAUUGUUUGGGGAGAGGAACAGACCUGGUGAUCAUAAACAGCAAGGAGGAACGGGUACUGGGGGAGAAACCAGCCUGA